AUGUUUAGGGGGUGGACCGUUACUCGUUACCGUUACUGCGGUAACGGUAACGAUUUCAUUCGGCUCUUUCCAACGGCGUGGUUUUUAAACUUCGAAAGUUCAAUAGAACGUUUACUAGAAGAAUAUUUACCAAAAUUAGUUGAUGGUAUGUCAGGUGAUGCCACACAUGGAAUCAUUAAUUUGGGUUACGCUGUUCAUUCUCCUUAUAAACAAUCAUUAACGGAGGCAUUAGCUUAUAUGGUCUAUUCAUACGUAUAUCUUGGGCAUCUGGAAGCAUAUGAUGAAAGUGGCAUAACCGACGUUGUUGUUCAUCCUUAUGAUGGUUGUAAUGAAUUUGUUCAAUUAUUAAAAUAUGUUAAUAAAGAUGCAUUAACAAUGCAACAAGAAAUGGAACAAAAAUGUCUCGAAGAACCCUAUCGUCAAUUGCCUGGUACAGUUGGAAAACGUUUAUUUAUAAUACGCGAUACUCAAGAAUACAGUUUAAAACUUCAACAAUAUGUUAGACAAAUAAAAGCAAUUGAUAGAGUAAAAGAUGAACAAUUGAUGGAAUUAACACACGC